CCCUCGCAAAGAUGCUUUGCUAUAAAAUGACUUUACGUACAGUGAUAUCAUUGUAACAGUGUUGUAGUAGAGUGUUUGUGUUGCAUCAAUUCCAACUAGCAACUGAUUGCUUUAAUUGAUGUGAAUGAGUGAUCGCUAAAGUGAAAUUCAAAAAUGGUCCUUCGUUCAGUACGAUCACAAGGCACCGCUUUGAAGUCUAGUGAAGAUGAAAUCAAACCGUGGUGGUAUGGCUAUACUAUAUUGCUACCUUGUUCACAAAAUCAUCGAGCAUUUUGUCUACGGAUGGUGGUUACCUGACAUGAUACACCCGAAGGAUGCAAGGCGGACGCAGCAGUAAAGCCAUUAUCCGCGCAAUCGCGAACUGCCACAACGGAAAAUAGGGGAAAAGUGCACCGAGACGAACUACUAGCUUGCUCGAACAAUUUAGGGGAAAAUCGUGUGCGAAAACCCCUUGCAGCUGCCCCGGGGUUCGUGCCGGGAAUCUGACGCCACCGAUCUUGCUUCCUCUGCUGCACAGUUGAUGAGAGUGUGGAACCAACCGAUGCUCGACAAUAGCGGAAACCAUGUCUUCGGAUAGGAUACACCGCGCCGCCAAAGAUGGUCUGCUGGACGUGUUACGGGAAGCGACACGUUCGGAGGCGAACGCCAAGGACAUCGACGGGAUGACACCCGUCCUGUGGGCCGCAUUCGAGGGCCAUUUCGACGCACUGAAGCUACUGGUGGCACGCGGUGGAGACCCGGACAAGGCCGAUCAGUUCGGCAACACGGCACUGCAUCUGGCGUCGGCCAAAGGGCACAUGCAGUGUGUGGAUUUUCUCGUCCAGUUUGGCGUCAACAUUUACGCGCUCGACAUCGACCACCACAGUGCGCAGGAUCUGGCGGCCAUUAACAAUCGGGACAAAAUUUUGCGCUAUCUCGAUGCGGCGGCCGCCACGCUGGAAGCGACCGAUAGGAAGAGAGCGCACGAGUUCCGAGAACAGGCAAAGAAGAAGAGUGAAAAGCGGGCCCGCGAGUUUGCCAGCCGCCAGCAGAAGCUCGAACGCCGCGACCAGGAUACGACCAUACGGAUCCGGCCGCACCGGCCGUCGAACAUGCUGCAGGCCCUGAAGCACAAGCUCUGGUCCGGCAGCCAGGGUAACCUGGCCCAGCCCCGAAUCGUUAACGAAGCGUCGUCCCACCAGCCAACAGCCGUCAAUCCGGCCAGCACGACCAAAUUCAGUGCGCUGGUCGGUGGUGGAACGAUGCUGCGUGCCGGUGGCGGUGGUGCCGUGAAAAAGCGAGCAGAUGCAAUGAAAAUUAGGCAGCAGAUGGAAAAUGGAGAUUUCAAAAUCGGCGAAAUGGAAGCGAAUGGCAAACGGAGCGUACGAUCGAUACAGGGGCUUCGGCGGGACUCGGAGAUACUGUACGUGGGCACUUACAGCUCGAACGAUGAUUCGAACGCGUCGGAACGACGCGGCAAGCUGAAGGACGUGUUCGACGUUGAUCCAGCGGACGGGCGGGAAAAUGACGAUGCCGACGAGGACAGCGGGAGUGGCACGAGCGGUGGUGGCGGCAAAUUCGGCACCAUCUCCCGGUCGCUUAGUCAGCCCGAUUUCCUCGCAGCACCCACCACCGAUGAGCUGACGGAGGAUGUGCUGCUUCAACGACCGUCCGGCCUGUUCAAUCGACCAUCGUUCGGCCAGCUGGCCUUCCCUCGCUCGGUGUCGAACGUGCUGGCCCAGCUCGGCAACGAACAGUCAUCGACGAGCGCAUCCUCCGACGGGUCGAUCAAGGCAAAACCGGCCGCCGCCAGCAAGGGUGCGAUCAAGCCCCGGUCCCAGCUCGUCAUUUCGGACUCGGAGUCCGAUAUGGACAGUUCCGAAAAUGAGGAGAACGAUUCGCUCGCCAUUCUGCGCUUCCUGUCCGCGUUCAAGCUCGAGGAUUACUACCCGGUCUUCCAGAAGAACGAUAUCGACAUGCCAACGCUGAUGCUGUUGACCGAAAACGAUGUGAAAUCGUUGGGCCUUCCACUGGGGCCUUAUCGGCGGCUGUGCAACGCGAUACAGGAGCGCCGGGAAGCGCUAACCAGCCCGGGCCAGUCCAUCAGCGACAGCCGGCUGUAGCGGCACGCAUGGUUGUGAACAUCGGUGAAGUGUAUGUGUACAAAACGCGCUAUUUUAACGAACCUUACUGUAAACUAAUUGGGCAGCACCCAUCGUACUGCGGGUUGCAUGCACUGGGAAGUAAAUUAUUGUGAAGCUUACGAGCGAAAAUUUGAACCCGA